AUUAGGUUGUGUGAUAAUGGAAAAAGAAAAGAGCAAAUAAAAGCAGUUGUGGCAGUAAUUGUUCUGUCUUUUGUUUAAAUAAUCAUAUUAUGUCUCCUCUAUUAGUGCUAAAUUUCUGCAGCUUUCUCUUUCUCUAGGUCUUUUAUUGUCACUAAACACAAUUAUUAUUAAUGUUUCUUUGAUUCUAUAAAGGUUGGAACUUGAUGCUUGCUUUGAUGUUUGUUCAAGCACCCAUCUUGUGAAUCUCUCAUUUAUUUCACUUUUUAUUGUUCCCCCUUUAAAUUCUUCAUUCUCCCCUAUACAAGCAAAAACAGCAUUUGAUACUCUCUCAACUGAGUGUACCAUCUCUUAUCUUGUUUAGGUUUUACUGUAAAUUGUAAAACUCCCCCACAAGGAUUUGAUUCUUGUUUUGUACUCUAUCUAAGGGCACCACAAUCUUGGAGUAUCUCAAACAGGGUUUGUCUCAGUUUCCUUCCAUUUAUUAAUUCCCUAAUUAUUGGUUCUCUGAUCUUAACAACUUGAUGCUAUCCAAUGGGGUUGUUGUGUCAGUUUCAUUCAUUUUAAAUUCAAAACUCUUGACUCUCUGAUCUCGCAAGCUUACAUUCAUCUGGCUUCUUGUCUGUGACUCUGCUCUCUCACACUCUUUAAAAGCGAAUCUACUUUUUUCCUAUUUGUUAAGCUCCUCUGAGCUACUGGUUUAAGUUCCUUUGUCAAGUCUUGCAAAUUACACCAAACCAAGUUCUGAGGGUUGAAUCAGAGGAAUGGGUGGUGAGAGUAAUGAAGGUGAGAUGGGGUUUAAGCAUGGAGAUGAUGAGAGUGGGAUCUCAAGAGUUGGAGUUACAUCAAUGCCCUUGUAUGCAAAGGCAGAUCAUUUCUUCUCUUCUGCAGAUUGGGAUCCAGUUGUCAGUGGUGGUGGUGGUUUCUCAAGCUCACAUUACACUUCAAUGGGGUUGGACAAUCCAGGGAUGAGUUGCUUCCCUCAUUACCAGCCCGGUUCUGGCUAUCCAGACAUGCCUGCUAGUCUUCUUCCUUUUGGUGAUUGUGGAGGUGGUGGUCAGUUUCUUGGUUCAGACAAGAAGGGAGGAAGUGUUGGAAGAUUGAUCAGAGCUGGAGAGUCUCAUGAGGAUCUUCAUCAGGUUUCAGAUGAUGCUGUUCUUGGUGCUUCCCUAACUAGAAAAAGAAGGCAACUGGAAGCUGAAUCAUCACAACGGAACAAGAAAGCUGUGGAGGAAUUUCAAGAAGAUCCUCAGAGGGGAAGUGAUCAUCAGAGCCAGAAGAAACAGAAAAAUGAUCAGAGCAAAGAGAAGGAGAGCUCACAGAGCGAAGAGGCACCUAAAGAAAACUACAUUCAUAUGAGAGCAAGAAGAGGCCAAGCUACUAAUAGUCACAGUCUUGCAGAGAGGGUUAGAAGAGAAAAGAUUAGUGAAAGGAUGAGAUUGCUUCAAGAGCUUGUUCCGGGAUGUAAUAAGAUCACAGGGAAAGCGGUUAUGCUUGAUGAGAUCAUCAACUAUGUUCAGUCAUUGCAACAACAGGUUGAGUUUUUGUCUAUGAAACUCGCAACGGUGAAUCCAGAACUCAACAUUGACAUAGACAGGAUUCUUGCCAAAGAUCUUCUGCAAUCAAGAGACAGAAACACUCCUAUGCUCGGGCUGAAUCCUUACAGCGGUUUUGAAGGGACGAUGCCGAACCUUUCUACCACCACAAAUCCACAAUACAACCCAUUACCUCAGACAACAUUAGAGAGUGAACUACAAAGCCUCUACCAAAUGGGGUUCGUCUCAAAUCCAUCGAAUAUGUCUAGUUUCUCACCUAAUAAUGGUCGAUUGAAACCAGAGCUCUAGUACUUCCAAGGAUGUGUUCAACGAAAAUUUGCAAAGAGAGAGUGUUUGUAUAGGCUUUGGUCAGAAGUAACAUAUCCGUUCUUCCUUGUUAUUAUUAAUUCUUUCUUAUUAAAAGACCAACAUGAUUUGGAUUCUCUGUCGUUGUUUCUUUUCCCUCAAAGAAGAAUGAAUUUAUUAAAUAUGGAAUCA